UCUGCUGAACGAUGGGAGACAUGAAUGGCGAAAAUGGUGAAGAUAAAGGAUCAAAUCGCAAAGAUAACGGCAAGGAUCGUGAUGUUUGCCGUGAUUAUUUGAACAAUAUUUGCAACAGAGGAAGCCGUUGCAAGUUUUACCAUCCAGAAGAACAUGAUAACAAGGCACAAAAUGCUGCUGAUGAACCUUAUCAGUUUUGUAUUGACUUUCAGAACCAAGGCUGCAGUCGCGAUAAUUGUCGCUAUGUUCAUGCGUUUCGCGAAGAUGUUGAGCGCUACAAGCGCACUGGCGAUGUGACGCUUGGUCUUGCGCGUGCUUUAGCUGCAUUGAUGCGUGGUGAUACAAUCAACUCAAUUCCCCUUUGCAAGGAAUUCCAAAAUGGGCAUUGCGCGCGAGGCCCCCAAUGCCGUUAUUGGCAUAUAAACAAAGAUGAAGAGCGACGCAAACGCUUUCAUGGACGACAUGUUGGCGCGGCUUCUCCAUUCGGCGCUUAUACUGGGCAUGCAGCAGGUUCUUUAUUGGAAUGAAAAUUUAUAUUUUGGGAUUAAUUUACGAUAUUUUUUUACCUAAACUUUCUUGAGAUAUUUUUCUAAGGUACACUAUAACUAAAGGAACCUCGCAAACUCACCAAAAAUUUCUUAAUUAUUUUUGCACAAUUGUUGUAGAGCAGGUUCGAUAACUUGUUGCCAAUUUUUGGUUUUUAGGCCUGACCCUCCUAAUUGAAAAGGGUACUUGUGGGUUAUCUCAUACCAGUUUUUGCGGACAAAUUAAUGCGGACAUUUUUGUAAAGAAUGGUCAGUCUUUCUUUCUUCCUCGGUUUCACUCAAUUUUCUCUGUGGCAAUAUUCAAUGAGUGAAACAACGAGGAAAAGAUUAAUUUUUCUUUCAA